AUGCUCCGUUCAAAGCUCUCGCUGUGGCGCGAGUAUUUGACUCCGAUCAACAACACGCUGAAUUUCGACGAAAAGGGUGAACUCUCCCCCGACGAGUUUAUCGCCGCCGGCGACUUUCUCGUGGCCAAAUUCCCUACGUGGCAGUGGGGGCUGCUGCCUCCGCAGCUCCAAAAACCGUUCUUACCGCCAGAUAAACAGUUCCUCGUCACCCGCAAAGUGCCACUGGUGCAACGAGCCUCGGCGUUAACCGAGGUCCAUUUCGACGAAAAUGGCGACGAUGAUGACGAUAUCAUCCAGGUAGCCGCUCCUCAGCUUACUGCUAAUGCUGUCAAUGACGAAAUAGCUGAUAUGGAGGCGCUUAUGAAUGCUAAUGACGACGAUUUGGCAGAUUUCGACGAUAUGGAAAUAGUCAAUAAUGACUCGAAAUUGCGCAAAUACGACAUGUACAUCACCUACCUGACGCUGUACCGGGUUCCGAAGAUGUAUUUGGUGGGCUACGGAGGCGAUGGCGUCCCGUUAACCCCACAACAAAUGUUUGAAGAUAUCAAUGCCGAUUACCGGGAUAAGACGCUGACAAUCGAAAAACUCCCCGUGGCGACGGCGACAACCCUGGUCCUGAUCCAUCCGUGUAAACACGCUAACGUAAUGAGGGUAAUGAUGGCUCAUGCGAAGGAAAGUGGCGGGGUAAGAGCCGAUCAUUAUCUCGUGGUGUUUUUGAAGUUUAUUGCUAGUGUGUGUCCUGGUAUUGACUAUGAUUAUACCAUGGAUGCUCUAGCAUAG